AUGUUGGAGAAACUGUACAACGUGCCAACUCGCGUGGUGGAGCGUCAGCGCAGCCCCACGUCGCACCCGCAGGCGCAUUUUAUCAAUCUGCGGACAAUGGAAGUUCUCUACGCCGCAAUGCCUGAAUUUCACGACCGGUUGCUAGACCAGGCAGCGCCAAGCGUGUUUUGGCGUGACUACAUUUACUGCACAGGAGUAGGUAAAUCCCGCGAAAUCGCACGUAUUGACCAGUUCGGUCCAUGUAUCCCACGCGAUACGGUCGACCAGGCAAUGACUAACGGUGACAGUUUACGGAAGUCACUAGCGAAAUUAUCACCGACGCAGUUCCUGCACUUCCCGCAAAACCGCUUUGAAACACUGCUUGAUGAAUUCCUGGCUGACAACAAUGUCCGUGUCGAACGUGGCGUUGAGCUUGAAAGCUUAAUGCUACCAGCUGACAGUUCAGCGACACCAGAAGUGACGCUGCGCCACUUAGAUACCAACACGCUCGAGCAAGAUUCAUACGAUUACGUUGUGGGAGCGGAUGGUGCGCACAGUCUGGUUCGCGAUCUCUGCGGCAUUAACAUGGCAGGAACACGCAACAUUCAAAGCAUUGCCAACGUUCACUUCACGAGCAAGGUCUUGUCGGAAGCCGCACGUGAGAACCCAGCCAUGCUGUACUUUGUGUUCAACAAGGAAGUGGUCGGUAUUCUAAUCGCCCACGACUUCAACCAAGGCGAAUGGGUCUUCCAGAUCCCCUUCUUUCCUCCUCAAGAGUCAAUUCCUUGGGACUUCUCAACUGCCCAAUGCAAGGACAUCGUGCGUCAUAUCCUGCCCAAAAACGUCAAAGUAAGCGACGACGACAUCAACAUCCUAUCAGCAGGGCAAUGGAGAAUGGGGGCUCGUGUAGCAAAGCAGUACGACGCUGGCAACCAGCGCGUAUUCCUCGUAGGUGAUGCAGCACACCAGUUUCCCCCUGCAGGAGGCUUUGGCAUGAACACGGGACUGCAAGAUGCACACAAUCUGGUCUGGAAACUCACUAUGACGAUUCAGGCGAACGCCGACAACUUGCCUGCUGACGGUAUUAACACUGAAGCACUACUGAAGUCUUACGGCCGUGAACGUCAACUUAUCGCGAAGACGAACACUCAGUUCAGUCUGAGUAAUGUGGCUCGAACGAUGAAGAUUCCACGCGCGCUUAACGUAUCCCACGACAACGCACAGACGCUGGCGAAGGUCGUUAACUCCGCGCCGAUGCAACUUCUCCCGCUACGUGCUCAGCGUGAAAUUGCGCAGCGCAUCAUGCGAGUUGGAAAGAUGCCGCUGGGCCUGCUGGACGAAGCCGAGGAAGCUGGUGGCGCGGGUAGUUCACUGGGCAAUCACAUGCGCUCAAGUGUAAAAGAUAUCGUGACACGUCGUAAGACGCUGGGUAUGUUGUUUUACCACUUCGACAUUGGAUUCUCAUACGACGCGGCUUCAUGGGCGAACCGUGCAAAGAAACUUAUGGAAGAUUCGGCACUGGACAAGUCUGUGGAGUUCCGAACUGAAGUUAGCGAUGACGAUAGCAUCAUAUACGCUCCAAAGUUCCGUGUAGAGUGGAGAGUCUGA